GAGAGGGCGAGAGGGAGUGUGAGAGCAUAUGUGCAGGAGGGUGGGAGGGCUGGAGAGGGAGCGAGGGAGAGAGAGAGGGAGAGGACAAGCGGAUGGGUGCUGUGAAAUCCGUUAACAGGGGAGCUCUGUGCAUUUGUUAGACGUCUUGGCUGCUUGCCCAACUUGGCUCAUUGUAAUCGAGGCAUGAUCGUCGACUCCAGGCAGCCCUCUCUGCCGCCUCGGCUGCCUCGCGCCUGGACCCACCCCAGCUCUCACCGCUGACAUGGAAAGACCCACCCCCACUGACAUGAUGCCCAGGAGGGAUCAUGAGAGGGACCUGGAGCUGGACAAGAAGAUCGAGGCUCUCCGCAGAAAGAAUGAAGCGCUCAUGAAGAGGCACAAGGAGGUGGAAGAGGACAGAAAAAGGGCAGAGGAAGAAGGAAUGGCGCUGCAGAGCCGAAAGGGCAAAGCUGAGGAUCUUUCCAUCACAAUCAGCAAGUCCACCAGUGACAGUCGCCUGGUGGUGACGAAGCCAUUCAGCGGUGGCUCAACAGCUGGGAAAGGACAGCAGGAGGCCGGGCCUGACAAGGGGGGAGACGGCCUUUCGCAGGGUGCUGGUCGAGGCCACAGAAAGCAGCUAAUGGUCACUAUGGCUGGCAAAAAGGGUAAGAGGGUGGUGAGUGAGAGGCCAGAGAAGAGGCCAGGCCCUGCGGACAUCAAGAGCCCUACAGAUGACGGACAGGCGAGGCGUGUGGAGUCAGCUGGGAGGGGAAAGCAGCCACCUCACAUGACUAGGAGAGACACGGCAGCACAGGAUGAGGUUAAACAAGGGCAGAGGCACACCGAGGAGCAGCACAGGCUUUCAGAGCAAUGCCAGGAGCCCGAGAGCCCGCAGGCCAGCACAGACCUCAACAUCCCCACAUCAAAAGAGGAGCAGGAGGAGUAUGUGCGGUGGAAGAAGGAACGCGAGCAGAUUGACAGGGAGAGAGUGGCACGCCACAAAAACGCCAAGGGCCAGUGGAGACGGGCAUGGGACAUGGACAAAACUGAGAACAUGUUUUCAGACAAAUCCAUCCCCGACAGAGACUGGGGGGCUUCCAGCAGAGGUGGACGAAAUGCUAGAAGAGGGCAGUCCAGGGCAGGUCACGAGAAGCGAGGCAAGGACAAGGGAGCUAAAAACGUGCUAGUGAUGGGCAGUAAAGCAAAAGGCAUAGAUCGUCUGACUGGGAGAGCCAGGAGAUGGCAGGCAAAUGAAGAUGGAGAGAGACUACAGUCUUCUGACACGACAUUAGAGGAAUUCUUGGAGGAACUCGACGCCCUCACAGAUCCUGAGUUAGAAAAUCUGAAGGAUGAGGACUUGAAAAUGAAGCUGUCGCCCAGCCCAGAUUCACUGCGUACAUCUGAGGAAGUGAGUGGAUCCACAGAUUCCCCGAGAGAGGACACCCCCACUCAGGGGAAGGCAGAGGCCUCGUCCCCUCGGGGCUCGGAGAAGAAAGUACGCUUCUCAGAGGAACUCAUCCAGGGGGCUCAUACCACAGGCUCUCAGGACUCUGCCAGCUCAGAAUCGAAAAGUGCGAGCUCCUUAAAAGCUUCCUCACCGAAAAAACCCCAACAAAAAGCGCAGGAGCUGCAGCAGCCUCUUGAAAGUGCCAAGCAGGACGAUGCUAGUCCGCAAGAUCAGGGAGGUGGUCCAUCUGCACCUCCUGUAGCCCCACAGCAGGCUCCUGAAACUGAAUGUACUAAACAAGACAGCACCCUCCCCCAAACUCCCAGCUCCCCCUCUACUGAAAAAGCCUGCACCUCUCUCCAGGAGAGCUCUGUGCAGCCUUUAGAGCUCGCCAAGUGCAACAUCAGCAACACAAACACAGAGGAACUAAUAGACUCCGGUCUGUCUGUCCUGAGCCUGGAGUCAGGAGAAACACACCCAACACACUCCACCAGCAGCGACAAGGCAAGAGAGCAUGGGAAGAUUGUUUGACAUUUUCGGGAUGUAAAUACAGAAACCAAAUGACAGCGACACAGAGCCUUCGCCUCUUUGUAUUUGCAUUGCGCUUCAGGUAGCUCGUUUGAGGUACCCUGUUUAUGGCUUACACACAAAACCAUGGUUUGUAUACUUUGCUGUGGCGUGUCCCACCUGUGGAAGUUUUCAAAUUGUCUAAAAUUUGAUGAAGGAAUGGUCGAACAUUUUUCUUGCUCAAAUAUUUUUUUACAUCCAAGCACUUUAUGAGUAUGAAAGCAUGAGUACUGACACGUGGAUUCAGUAUGUUGGUACGCUGCUUGAGUGCAAUAUCAUUGAAUGUUUACAUUUGUAUGAAGAUUUCAAGGUACAUAUCAGGAGGCUAGCUAAUCCGUUACGCCAGAGAUACUGGAUGAAGCGAGAUACCCAACUCAGCUUACUUCCUGAUUCAGUGACGUCAGCGCCACGCCCCCGUAGGAAACUUGCGGCAGCUCUGAAUGUAUUGUCGUCAAUGAGGAAAAUGAAC